ACCGAAACAAAUGUACAGAAAAACUACAAUAUGCGUUACGCCUUCGGUCUUAUGGGCCGUCUUGACUUUUCAUACGGCAGGUGAAAUAAAAGCACACAGACAUGAGUGUGUCAGUAAUCUGAGCAAGGAUAGAUUCCCAAUGCCAAUGGGUGACAGCAGGUGCAGUAACGGUGUCCAGCAGAAAGCAAAGAUGUUGUCGGAUGCUCAGCUCUUUGAUGGGGAAUUUGAAAAGCUGGUGUCUGAACUUACAGAGCAGGACUUCACUGAUCCAGUUCUCACUGAUGCCCUCAACAGACUCAGAGAGGUGCUUCAGUACAAUGCCCCUGGAGGCAAGAGAAACCGAGGCUUGUCUGUGAUUGGUUCUUUACGGGAGUUAGUUUCUCCCUCUGAACUGCCACCUGAUGAAGCUCACAGAGCCCUUUUGGUUGGAUGGUGCAUUGAACUGCUUCAGGCAUUUUUCUUAGUGGCUGAUGACAUCAUGGAUGCGUCCAUGACAAGAAGGGGUCAACCCUGUUGGUAUAAGAAGGAAGGCAUUGGUCUGGAUGCCAUUAAUGACGCUUUUCUCCUGGAAGGGGCGAUCUACCGCCUUCUUCGCAGACAUUGCAGAGGACAGCGCUACUAUGUCCAUCUGCUUGAGCUUUUUACUGAGACCUCUUUCCAGACAGAGCUGGGUCAAACUCUAGAUCUGAUGACUGCACCACCACAUAAAAUCGACCUUGAUCGCUUCACCAUGGAGAGGUAUAAAGCCAUUGUGAAAUACAAGACUGCAUUCUACUCGUUUUAUCUCCCUGUGGCUGCAGCAAUGUACAUGGCAGGGAUUGAGAAUGAGACUGAACACAACAAUGCUAAAACAAUUCUACUUGAGAUGGGAGAGUUCUUUCAGAUACAGGAUGACUACCUGGAUUGCUAUGGGGAUCCUGCAGUGACUGGAAAGAUCGGCACAGAUAUACAGGACAACAAAUGCAGCUGGCUGGUGGUGACCGCACUGGGCAUCAUGACACCAGAACAACGGGCAGAACUAGAGGCAUGUUAUGGGCGUAGUGACGCUGAAAGCGUUGAAAGGGUCAAGGCUUUGUAUGAUACUCUGGAAAUGCCUAUCCGAUACCAUCAACAUGAGGAGGGGAGCUAUCACCGCCUUCAAAAACUCAUCCAGUUUCAUGCCAAGAAUCUGCCUCAUGCUGUUUUUCUUAAUUUUGCCAAGAAAAUAUAUAAGAGGAACAAAUGAGGUGUGGUUCAGGGAACUGGAGGGACUUGACAAAUGGAUUUGAGUAUUUUAGGCACACAGACUUCAGGGUCAAAUAAAGAUGCAGUGAGGGAUUUUAGUUGUAUAUGAAAACAAUAUGAAAAUGGUAGAUUUUAACUGCACUUUAAAUAUACUGUCAAGAAUUCAGAUGCAUUAAAAAAAAAUUAUAAUUAUGUCGCAUCAUUAUUUGUUUUUCCCCAUUUAUUGCAUCAAAAAUGCAAUCGCUGAUUCAGAGGUCAGGCAUUGCACAACAAAUAGUACAUCUGUCAGUGUUUAAAUCGAGGUACAUAUGUAUAAACCAUAUAUUUUCAUCAGCUUUUGCAUUGUAUUUUCAACAUCUUUGGAAGAACUAGGGAGAGUAAAGAA